AUGGACGACCUCGAAAGCACAUGCGCGUCACUCCGCGCGCAAAUAUCCGCGACAGAGACCCAGCUGGCCGGGUUGAAACGCGCAUUGCACGAGGCGGAACAAGCAGCCGCCCAUGCAAAGGCACAGAGCGCCGCAGCGACUACCGCGGGGGAUAACCACGACAAACCACGGAGAUGGCCACUGCUGGAUGAGGAAUACCGUCGCUAUGGACGACAGAUGAUUGUGCCGCAGCUGGGACUGCCAGGCCAGUUGAAGCUCCGAUCGGCUCGCGUUUUGAUUGUCGGUGCGGGUGGGUUGGGCUGCCCGGCUGCGUUGUAUCUGGCUGGCGCUGGGGUGGGCACAUUAGGUCUGAUUGAUGGGGACAUGGUCGAUGUGUCGAAUCUUCACCGGCAGGUGUUGCAUCGCAGUGCGAAUGUCGGGAAGCUGAAGGUGGACAGUGCGAUUGAAUACUUGCGGGAAUUGAACCCGCAUCCUACGUACAUCCCCCACCGCGCGCAUCUCACCCCGCAAGAAGCACCGGAGAUCUUCCAGAACUACGACGUCAUUCUCGACUGCACCGACAACCCCGCGACCCGCUACCUGAUCUCCGACACCGCCGUGCUCCUGGGCAAACCACUCGUUUCCGCCUCGGCCUUGCGGACGGAGGGCCAACUCAUGGUGCUGAACAACCCGCCGCGGCCAGCGGGCGAUAAGACCGGCGGGCCGUGCUACCGCUGCGUCUUCCCGAAGCCGCCCCCGGCAAACAGUAUUCUCAGCUGUGCGGACGGGGGCAUCCUGGGUCCAGUCGUGGGCACGAUGGGAGUGCUGCAAGCGCUGGAAGCCAUCAAGGUAAUCACGUCGACAGAAGACGAAGUGAGACCGCCGUCGUUGCACAUUUUCUCGGCAUACUCGAGCCCGCCGUUCCGCAGUAUCAAGCUUCGCUCGCGACGGGCGAACUGCGCCGUCUGUUCGGCAGAGCGGCAGGUCACGCUGGAUACGCUCCGGUCUGGACUCACGGACUAUGUGUUUUUCUGUGGGAGUGUGAGUCCGGAGGCGGUUCUCACGGCAGAGGAGCGGAUUGCGCCGCGGGAAUAUCGCGCGAUGUAUCCGGCGCCGACUGAAGGGGCUCCGGAGAAGACGCCCACUCUCAUUGAUGUGCGGGAGAAGGUCCAGUACGAUAUCUGUAACCUUGCGGAGAGUAUCAACAUUCCCAUUUCCACAAUCCAGGCGUCUGCGGCGGGCAGUGGGGAUGAGACAGGCUCAUCGUUGCCGGCGUGGCUGCCGCCGGAGAUUGCCUCAACGGACUCGACUGAUCCGAUCUAUGUGGUGUGCCGGAUGGGGAAUGACUCGCAGCUGGCGGUGCGCCGGCUCAAGGAGCUGGGCUUGGACCGGGGAGGCGCACGGGUGGUGGCCGAUAUCCAAGGGGGGUUCCGGGCAUGGCGCGAACAGGUUGACCCGGAGUGGCCCGAGUACUAG